CUUCCAAAACAAUGGCGAGUUCUUCGACUCCGGCAACCGUUAAUCAGGAUAAUAUGGGAAUAAGCAAGCCCACUAACCAAGCUGAUCUCGCCAACCAAAGCAAGAACGACAAGGGAAAUGACAAUGCCAACAUGCCGGGCGAAAAGGCAACCAUUAUUCAGGAUAAUAAGGAAAAAAGCAAGGCCACUAACCCAAAUCCUGCAGACCAAAGCAGGAGCGUCAAGGGAAAUGAUAAUGCCAACGUGUCGGGCCAAAAGCCAGGAUUCGAUUCUGAAUCAAAGUCUUCUCCGACGGUUUUGGACAUAUGCAAGGACACUAUCCCCGCUGUUAUGGAAAGCCUGGAGACCCUGGCCCAAUCCAAGGAUAUUGAUAAGAGCACGGGCGAUCUAGCCAAUAAGUUAAGGAAUGAUCUGACUUACAUAAGAAAUUCCCUCAAGUUGGAGGACAAUUCCAACACCUUAGAGCAACGAAUCAAGAAAUUCGAGGCACAUUCCAAUGUCCUCGUUGACGCUCUUAAACAGGGAAGCGAAUUCGAAGAUUCGGUAACUAAGCGUCAAGCUGAAGGCAAACAACUCCAAGACAAGCUUAAAUUACUCAAUAAGGUUGUCAAAAUGCUGAAGCACCAGAUCUCCUCGUCGAAAAAAUUGUCGCCCACAGACUCCGAAACUUGGUACAAGGAUAUUGAUAUCAACGAGUUUCAUUACAGCCAGGUGCUUGAUAUAUUGCCUGUCCUACAUGUUGACAAGGAAUUUGGGAAUAGCUUGGCUUUCCGAGACUUCCGGUUAGUAUAUGAUAAAUUGCCUGACUCCAGAAUAAAGUUGUGCUUGCUGUGUUUUGCUUUAAUUCCGGAAAAUGAGAUUGUGAAGAAGAGGUUUAUGACAUAUUGGUGGGUUGGAGAAGGAUUUAUUAGCCCACAGGGUGAGAAAGCUGAUGAUGGAACCGACACCUUCUUGUCGGUUGAGGAAGUUGCUGAUAGAAUCUUCAAAGAGCUGGCGAACAAGGACUGCAUUGAGCCCGUAAAUGAGAAGCACAGGUUUGUCGUGGACAGUUAUAAGAUGAAUCCUUUUAUCCGUUCGGCGGUGAUUUUGCUUGCCAAAGAAGCUAGGUUCUUUGAUUUUGAUGACAAAAAAGGGAAUCCCAGUGCCAAUUUUAAGACGUCUUACCGGGCAUGUUUAGUCAAUGGAUUUUCUCAGGAGUUGGUGAAAAGUGGAUCUGAAUCGGAUACAGAGAAACUGCAAGUAAUAUUCAACGUCAAUGAGCCUUAUCCUGAUGUUUUCAAUUUGGAGUGGUUCUCAAAGUUCAAGAAUGUCAAGGUUCUUUAUCUGGGAAGGUGGCAGACCUCAGCUAAGCAUCAUAUUGAAGUAGAGAGCACUGACUUCUUGGCAGGGUUGAAAAGUACGAAACUUUUAAGGUUUCUCAGCCUUCAAGGAGUUUCUAGAAUUACGAAGCUUCCUCAUUUCGUGUGUAAGCUCUCAAAUUUGAUGAUCUUGGAUCUUAGAGCGUGUCACAAUCUAGAUGCACUUCCAGAUUGGAUAGGCGCACUCAGGAAGCUGACACACUUGGAUAUAUCUGAAUGUUACCUGCUAGAUUACAUGCCCAAAGGGAUUUGUGAUCUCUCUGAACUCCAGGUCCUUAAAGGGUUUGUAAUCAGUAACGGGAACUCAUCACGUAAAAAUUGUACUCUUGUUGAUUUGGUAAAAUUGCAUAAGCUAAGGAAAUUGAGCAUCUACAUAAACACCAGAGAUCUAGAUGUGUGCCCUCUCCUAGAAUUUAACGCGCUUCAAAAGCUGACAAUUACUUGGGGAGCGGGAGCUUUUGAUCAAACCAAAGCAGAAAAAAACAAGGGUGGAGCACAACCAAUUAUGACUGCAACCACCCCAACUCCGAAGAACAGUGGGGGUAACAAAAAUCAAGACAAGGGUGUGCCACAAUCAAAGGCAGCAACCACCGAGAGUCCACAAAUGAGCGAAGAUGCGGUAAAGCAAGAAGAUGGUGUAGCACAGCCAAUGGCAGAAAGCUCCAUGAAUCCAGAGAAUGGUGGAGAUAAUAGAAAGCAAGACAGGGGUUCAGGACAACCAAUAUCAGCAACCACCACGAGUUCAAAGAACGUUGGAGAUAAGAAAACUCAAGACCUGGGUGUGGCACAACCAAUGUCAGUUACCACCACGAGUUCAAAUAUAGUUGGAGAUAAGAAAACACAAGACGUGGGUGUGGCACAACCAAUUGCAGCAACCGCCAAGAGUCAACAUGUGAGUGAAGAUGAGAGAAAGCAAAACAAGGGUCUAGCACAACCAAAGACUGCAACCACCACAACUCCAAAGAACUGUUGGGGUAACAAAAAACAAGACAAGGCUGUAGCACACCCAAUGACAGAUAGAGUUUUUAAGAAACUAGAGAAAUUGGAUUUGAAGUGUUACCCUUUUAUGACAGCACCCAAUUGGUUGCUGCAUAAAAAACUUCCGAAGCUAGAGAAACUCUACAUCAGAGGAGGGUACCUCCAAAAUCUAAGUCUAGUUCAGGAUCAGAAUGACAAGUGGCCGAAUGUUAAGGUACUACGCCUUAAGUUCUUGAGUGACUUUAAAAUGGAUUGGAAAAAGCUCCGGUCAUCAUUUCCAGAUUUGAGUUACUUGGAGAUAUUCGAAUGCCCUAAACUUACUUACGUUCCGUGUAAUGAGAAGGGAGUUAUAAGGUUAAGGCCAUGAAUUGAAAGAUGGAAUAAGAGCAGUUGCGAGACAUAACAUUAUGCAUUCACUCGGUUACUCCUCUCAAGAUGACUCAGACUAUUAAAAGUUUGUCAUGUUUCUAGCCCAGUCGUGAAUUUAAUUAUGUUUCAUGUGUACUUUUGUGCAUUUCAAUAAAUUGCAAUAAUGUUCUUGUAUAUCUCCAUGACUCCUUCCCUACUCAUUUGGAUCUAGAUGCCAAGGUUGUUCCAGUAGAGCAUGUGGCUUUCUUUUUUUUUUUCUUUUUUUUUGGAU